GUCACCUGAACGCAGCACAAACAACAGAUUCGGCGCAGUUCCUGGUGGAGGAAUCAGAAGUGUUCGGUUUUGAGAUAAAGUACCUCAGUGAAGCUCAUGUAACGCCGGCAUCCACUGAGUUACGGUGAGAAUGUGAAGACGUGUGGUGUAGCUAGCGGCUUUAGUGGCUGUAGUAGAUGCCGCUCUGAGACGCAGUCGGCAUGUUUACAACCAACAUGGAAACAAAAAGAGUGGAGAUCCCCUCCGGUGUACUGGACGACCUCUGCAGCCGGUUCAUCCUGCACAUCCCCAGUGAAGAAAGAGACAAUGCAAUCCGACUGUGCUUCCAGAUCGAGCUGGCCCACUGGUUCUACCUGGAUUUCUGCAUGCAGAACACUCCAGGAGCUCCUCACUGUGGGAUAAGAGACUUUGCCAAAGCUGUCUUUCAUCAUUGCCCAUUUCUGUUACCUCAUGGAGAGGAUGUGCAGAAAGUUCUUGAGCAGUGGAAGGAGUACAAGAUGGGUGUACCUACUUACGGGGCAAUAAUUCUUGAUGAAUCACUAGAAAAUGUGCUGCUUGUUCAGGGUUACCUUGCAAAAUCAGGCUGGGGGUUUCCAAAGGGCAAAGUUAAUGAGGAUGAAGCUCCUUAUGACUGUGCAGUCCGUGAAGUGUUGGAGGAAACAGGCUUUGACAUUAAGAAUCGCAUCUGCAAAGACAUGUACAUUGAGCAGAAAAUCACUGACCAGCUAGUGCGGCUCUACAUCAUACCAGGAGUACCCAAGAGCACAAAGUUCAACCCCAAAACAAGGAAAGAAAUCCGAAACAUCGAAUGGUUUCCUAUUGAGAAGCUGCCCUGUCACAGGAAUGACAUGACCCCAAAGUCUAAACUUGGACUUGCCCCAAACAGGUUUUUUAUGGCCAUUCCAUUCAUAAGACCGCUGCGGGAAUGGAUCAGCCAACUGAGAGGAGAGUCAACAGACAGUGAUGAGGACUUGGCAAACAACAGCAGUAGUCCAUCUAAACCUUCAGACAAUGUUCGGUCAAAAACACGCCAGCUUGCAGGGACUGAAGUGUUCCCCGGAGACAGCUGGACAAAACAAAAGAAGACUCUGGGCCAACUGAGCCAGUAUGAACUGAACCAGAAACCGAAUUUGAAAGGCAACGGGAAGAAAAGCCAGGACUCCCCUUACUCGAAGAAAGGAGCCAGUGACAGUGCCGCCAACAACCAGCAGAAGGAAGAUACAAGGCUUCAACCCAGAAGACUACAAGACAGUUUUGAGAGAGAUGUGGCUCCAGACAGCUUUAACAGUCAUCAAACAGUUGACAGCAGAGACUGUGAGCGCUUGCUGUCCUCCAAGGCUUUCCUAAAUUUCAAAUUUGACAGAGACGCCAUCAUGAAAUGUUUUGACUACUAAAUGGUUGCCAGUGCUCUGUGCCUCUCCUGUAGUAAGAAACCUUGAUCUCUAUUUUAUCUUACAGCCCAGGCAAGAAUGUUACUGAAGAUACGCUUUCUCUUCCUUGUUUGUUUUGAACUUACAUUACCAAGGGAAGUUGCCCAUCUGUCGUUGACCAUAUAGAGUAAGCUUUACUGUAGUUGGUCUUUGUUGCACAACUUUCUGAUCUUUUAAAACAGAUAGUAGUUUAACAGCAGUGCCGUUCAUCAAAUUCAAAUUCAUCAUGUUAUAUGUUGAUUUUAAAAUGGAAUCAUUUAGAUGAUAAUUCCUCAUUUCUUUCAAUUGAGUCUGAUAAUUUUUGGGAUGCUGAGUAAAAUGGGUUUUAACAAUGCUAUUGGCUAUAUUAAUCUACAGGGUCAUUGUGUCUCUUUGACCAACAUCACUAAUCAUUGACCUGGGAAUGGAAGAACAAGAUGUCUUUGCAGCUUCAUCUUUCCAAAUUGAAUGUCUUUAAAUUCGGAUUACAUACUCAAAAUUAAAAUUCCAUUCACAAAUAAAUUUCAGUUUACUCAGCAGCCCCCCAAAAAUAAAAAUCACCCAUUAUUGAAAAAGGAACAUGUCUUACAUUUACACCAGAAGUUAAUUAACUCAGGAGCAGACUGGAAUAACGGUCAGUGAAAUUUUUUUCAUUUUGUUACUACUUGUGCAUUUUCAAUCGUAUACAUGAAAAUUGUCUUUUAAAAAUGUUACUUUGUAUGUAUUCCACACACACAAGAAAAUGAAAUCCCAAAUUGAUUAGUAUAAUUUUAACGUUUGUAGUGAGAGAUUUCCAUUUAAGACAUCCCCAUCCCACGUAUGUUCGUAUGCCUGGUUUUUAGCAUCCUGAAAAAUCUAGCCUGUUCUUUUCUCCAAACAAAACAUUUAAGGUUGAAAUACUGGUUCAGAUGUCAGAUUACAAGUUCACCAUAAUUUUUUCAUGAUGUAAUGGUUAGCUGCUAUCGUGUCUGAUUGGCAUUAAAACUGGCAGACUUUGAGGCUUUAAACUAUAGUAAAGGGCCACUACAUUACACUAGUGAGUAUAAAAGAUUAUUCUCAGAAAUGUUGCAAAUGACUCGCUUAAAAGGCAACAUUAAGGGAUUUCUAGCCAUGAGAUCUUAAAACAUAAAUGAUGGCAAUUGUCAUAGAAUGAGUAAUUGUUACUGAACUAAAAGUAUUAUUCUCAAUGGGCUGUGUCAGACAUUCAUACAUGUACAUUGUUUGUCACUGUUUUUGUAACUGAUUAUUCAGAAUAGGGUCUCAAGUUGUGCUUUGGUUUCAGUGAUGUUUUGACUUUAAAUGUGAAUAUUAAUAAAGUUUGUUUUUCACUCUCA